AACUUGAACUUUCGGUAGACUACAAGAUGAAUGAGGAUUUAGUUAAGAGUGCUGUAGCAUUCCUUACUGAUGCCAAUGUUGCAGGAUCGCCUCUAACUAAAAAGAUCGAGUUUUUGGAGUCAAAAGGUCUUAAUCAGUUGGAGAUUGAAGAGGCAAUGAAAAGAGUUAAUGAACCAACUAGUUCUAUUCAAAGUAGUUCAAGUAGUUCAAAUAGUUCAACUAAUAAUAUAUCUGGACUGUCUCAGAGUAUUGUUGCCCCACCUCCAAUAGAUUAUUAUAAUGCUGCUCCUCCAAUACCUGAUAGAUCUUGGAAAGAUUAUUUUAUUAUGGCUACUGCUACUGCUGGUGUAACUUAUGGAUUAUAUCAAGUUGCUACUAAAUAUAUAAUUCCAGCUAUAAUUCCUCCUAGUCAAUCUAAAAUUGACAAUGAUAUUGAGUAUAUUGAACAAGAAUUUACCAAGAUUGAUAAAGUAUUAGAACAAUUAACCAAAGAUCAAGAACAAAUUAAGAGUGACAAUGAAAAUAAAUUAAAAGAUAUUGAUAUUGUUAUAGACAAUGUUAAUGAUUUCUUAAGUAAAUACAAUAAAGAUAAACUUAAAUUCGAUGACGAUUUAAGAUUAAUGAAAUUAGAGGUGGACAAUUUAGGUAAUAGUGUUGAAAAGAAUAUGAAGGCUAUUAAGGAAAGUAUUCAUGAUGAAUUAAGUGAUGUUAAUGAAGAAUUACAAUCAUUAAAGCAAUUAAUUAAAUCUAGAAGUUCGGGUGUUAAUGGAACAGUGGCAGGAGGUGUCGAAAGAAAAAUCGCUCCUGUAUCUUCUAUACCUUCAGCUUCUGAAAUUUUAAGAAGAGCUAAAGAAAAGGCUGCUACUUCAUCCACUCCACAAUCUCCAAGCACUAAUGUUAAAGAGUCUGAAACUACACCGGUUGAAAAGGCUCAACCUCAAUCACAAUCACAAUCACAACCACAAACUUCUGCACCAACUCCACCUAUUCCUGAACCAGUUCAACCAAAUCAAUAUUAUACUAACGAAGUAGGUGGUGCAUCUUCAUACAAUGGUGUUACAGCUGCGGGUAUCCCAUCAUGGCAAUUACAACAUAAGGAAGCUGAACUUCAUUCAGAUAGUGGUCAUAAAGUUCAACCAGAACCUGCCUUAUAUGCAGCUCCAAGUGAAGAAGAAAUUCAAAAGAAGAUAGCUGAUGUUGGUAUUCCCUCAUGGCAAUUACACUCUAAUGCUAACGCUAAUGCUAAUGCUAAUGCUAAUGCUAAUACUUCUGGUGCUACUACCUCUACUACUGCUGCUCCUGCUAAAUCCGAUGAUACAUCGGCAGGUAUACCAUCGUGGCAAUUGAAUGCCCAAGAAACUGCAUCAUGAGUAAAGUAAAGUUCAAACUAUGUAGAACCCCUCUAAUUUUAAAUAAUGUUGUAUGGUACUAAUAAAUGAACCCCUAACUAAUUUAAGCCUAUCACACUUAGCAUUUAAAGCCAA